UAAGAAUUGUUGUUGAUCUACAACGACGAGCCUGAAGAACUGGGCUGUGGCGCGUACUCCCUUGCCGUCAAGGACAUGAUAAAUGCGACGCAACUGUCAAACGCAGUUAUAAGUUGGCCUUCAUCCCUUUUUAAAGCUGUGCCAUACCGCCUCUUGUUUGAUCCAAACGUGGUUGGUUUUCCGUUUGCCAAUCGUCGAGGUCAUAUUUCGAAGAAAGCCAAGUUGCCCCUUCCUCACCCUCUCUCUUGUCAUCUCGCAUAUCUUCUAUCCUGGGUUGCUCUUGCUCAAAACUUGUUAUCGGAAUUUAAACCACCCCGACCGUUGCAUUUGAAAUCGAUUUUUUUCUUAAAAAAGAAAUAGGCAAAUUCCCCCCACCAGGAGACAACAGCUGGCGUAAAAGAGGAAAGUCAGCAGAAGAGGUCACCUUCCUCCCCCCCCACCACCAAGUGAGCCUCUCAACCCCACUCACAACAACCACAACACUCAACACUCAACAACAACAACAAUAAUAACCACCACUGAAUACGGCGUGUAGUCAACAACAGCCAAUAUGGAAAAGCAACGACCCGUUAUCGAACUCGACGGGAGGACAGGUGAAGGAGGCGGCCAGCUGGUGCGCAUAGCAUGUGCACUCGCCGCCGUCGCCACCGUCCCAAUCCGCAUAACACAUGUCCGUGGGAAUCGUGAAGGCCCUCGGGGAGGUGCCAAAGGCGGAGGUCUCAAAUCCCAACACGUCACCGCCAUCGAAUAUCUCGCCACAGUAACCAACGCCGAAGUCGACGGACUCUCCGUCGGCUCUCACACCCUCGAUUUCCGCCCUCGCCUCAAGCCCUCCUCCCUCAAAUCCCGCACCAUCAAGAUCGAAGCCGACUCCCCCGCCGCUUCGACCCUCCUCAUCUUCCAGGCCAUCUUUCCCUUCCUCCUAUUUUCUGGCAGCAGCGACAAGGUCGACGAGCCAAUGACGCUCGAGCUCUCGGGCGGAACCAACGUCUCCUUCUCCCUCAGCUACGAGUACCUCGACCAAGUCCUCUUACCAACCCUCGAAAACGCCUUUGGCAUCGUCGUGCAGCGGAAGCUGAUUUCCCGCGGGUGGAGUCUGGGUAAAGCAUCACGGGGAAAGUGCUCGUUUCAGUUCAACCCUCUUAGGGCAGGGGAGACGUUAACGUUCAAGGACAAUGGGUUGGGCGAGAUUUACGGCGGUGGUCCGGGGGAUGUCGAUCUCGAAGCUAUUGACGUGUCGAUGAUCGUCCCCUUUGCCAUGCAAGAGUCCAUGAUGCAGGCACUCGUGACAGACUUGGAGGAGAUGUUUCCUGAUGUGGAGGUCAAUUUCAAGGUGACGGAGGAUUCGGGGCAGGACUCGAGGAUAUACGUCCUGCUGGUAGGAAGGUCGGGCGAACUAAGGUGGGGGAGGGAUAUGCUCACUUCGACGCCGAAGAAGACAAAGGCUAAGGGGUCGGCGAUGAGCUCGGAGUCGUUGAGCCAGAGUUUGUCGAGGAAGUUGUGCAAGGAACUGUUUGACGAAGUUUCUGCGGGGGGCGUGGUGGAUGAGUUUUUGCAGGACCAGCUGGCGAUUUUCCAGGCUUUGGCUGAGGGAAAGACGUCGUUCCCGCGGACUCAUGAUGAGAAUGGCGAGUUGGAGCAGGCCAUGAACAAGCUCAGCCUGGAUGAGAAGUUACGGAAGGAUAAGACUAUCAUUCCGUUUGGAGAGGGGAGUUUGCAUGCCAAGACAGCCAGGUGGGUGACGGCGGAGCUGUUGCCUGAGGUCAAGUGGUACAACAAGGGGAGGAUAUGCCAUGGUGUUGGUAUGCAGAUGGAGAAGGUGUCAACGCGGUAAAGAGGCAUACCUGAAUGCACUGUUGUCGUGGCCAUUUGUGGUGGCUAUAAGGCAGCGGUAGUAGCAGUGGAACAACCACAUUGGUUUGGACCAGUAUUGGCUUUUUGGGGAAUCUCCUGGUCUGGGAAUUAGUUAUUUGACACCACACAGAUACUAAUCUGAACGAAAUCUCUUGGCAUCUGUGAUGUCUCAAGAAGGAUUUCGAGGUUUAUCUGAAACUGAUUAGUGCCGAGGCGCAUGUGUUGGAAGUAAAGCCGUCAUUCAAUGGUGAUUGAUGGAUCAUCGAGGUUGGGUUCACAGGUUAUAUUGGCUUUUACUUUACUGUGUUCAAGGCCUGUGCCGUUCAUAGGCCUCGGCCUCCUUUUGCUGCCUCUCCACGAGCUCGAUGACCUCUUGGCUGUAGAGGUCCUCGAGAGACUUGCCGCCCAAAAGCACCUCUUUCUGAUGCCUG